AUGGAAGAAAACCGGAGGUGGAAACAUAUUUUGUAUUUAUCUACCUUUCUUUCUUUCUAUCACUCUAUAUCUAUCUCGUUUUGUUCAUGUCUCUCCUUUUCUCUCUCUAUUAAUUUUACCUCUCACUUUCACUCCCACUCUCCCACUCUCUCUCUCUCUCCCUCCUCUCUCUCUCUCUCUCUCUCUGUAUCUCAUUAUAUUCAUCUAUCCAUCUAUGCUAGUCUGUUCAUAUCACUCUUUUUCUUUCGUUCGUUCUUUCUUUCUUUCUUCCUUUCUUUCUUUCUUUCCAUUUAUCCUAGAUUGUUCAUAUCACUCGCUUUAUCUCUCGCUUUCUCAAUCAAUCUAUCUAUCUAUCUAUCUAUCUAUCUAUCUAUCUAUGUCAGUCUGUUCACUUCUCUCUUUCUCUCUCUAUAUAUCUAUCUAUCUAGUAAUCUCUUAGACUGUUCCAAUCUAUCGCUUGUCUAUUUCUCUAACUUUUCUCCUCUCAUUUUCACUGCUUCCCUACCUCCCCCUCUCUCUCACUCUCUUUCUCUCUAUGCAUAUCAGUAUGUUUAUCUAUCUAUCUAUCUAUCUAUCUAUCUAUCUAUCUAUCUAUCUAUCUAUAUCAGUCUGUCCAUGUAUCUCACUUUCUCUCUCUAUAUGUAUAUAUGUAGCAAUCUAUCAGCCUGUUCCUAUCUGUCUCCAAGAUAUUUAUCUCUGUUCAUAUGUCCCUCUCCCUCACUUCUCUCUCUCUGUCUGUCUCUACCUAUCUAUCUACGUCAGUUUAUUUCUUCCCUGUUUUCUUAUUUAUCCACAUCUUCGCCAAUUCUUUAUCUAUCUAUCUAUCUAUCUAUCUAUCUAUCUAUCUGCCACAGUGUCUCUCACGUUAAUCUCUCUCUCUCUCUCUCUCUCUCUCUUUCACUCUCUCUCUCUCUCGUUCUCCGUUAUCUAUCUAUUUAUAUAAAACUAAAAGUCUGUGAUUCGUGCUUACGCCAUACGUCAUCCGUCUGGUGCAUAAUAAUGAUCAAUCUUUCUUUCCACCUCUCUCUUUCUACCCCUCUCUCUCUUUCCACCUUACUCUCUUUCCACCUUACUCUCUUUCCACCUCACUCUUUCUGCCUCUCUCUUUUCACCUCAAUCUUUCCACCUCUCUCUUUCAACCUCUCUCUCAUUUCAACUUCCUCCCUUUCCACCUCUCUCUCUCUCUCUCUCUUACCACCUAACUCUUUCUGCUUUUCUCUUUCCAUCUCUGUCUUUCCACCUCACUCUUUCUGUCUGUCUCUCUCUUUCUAA